AUGUCCGUCACGGAUACACCAGCAUGGAAGGCUCUCGCAGCCCACUAUGAAUCUACAGGCAAAUCCCUGUCAAUCCCAUCUCUCUUCGACAAGGACAGGGCGCGCUUUACCGAGUUCUCCACUACUUGGACUCCCAAAUCCUACUCCUCUCCUCUCAUCCUCCUCGACUACUCGAAAAACAUUGUCACAAAGGACACCAUCAAACUCUUGCUCGACCUCGCAAAGCAACAGGAUGUAGAGGGCAUGAGACACCGCAUGUUUAGUGGCGAUGCUAUAAACAUUACUGAAGGGAGAGCCGUCUUGCAUGUCGCUCUACGCAAUCAGAGCAACACGCCCAUACUUGUAGAUGGCAAGGACGUCAUGCCGGAUGUAAACCGUGUAUUGGCCCAAAUGAAAAGUACGAGUGAUGCUAUUAGGUCUGGUGAAUGGAAGGGGUAUACUGGUAAAGCUAUUACCGAUGUCGUCAAUAUUGGAAUUGGUGGAUCGGAUCUUGGACCUGUAAUGGUUACUGAAGCUUUGAAACCAUACGCUCAAAAGGGACUCAACGUCCACUUUGUCAGCAACAUUGAUGGAACACAUUUGGCCGAGGUCUUGAAACCACUGGAUCAAGAAACUACGUUAUUCAUCGUCGCCAGUAAGACAUUCACCACCAUUGAAACCAUCACCAAUGCUACAACUGCCAAGGAUUGGUUCUUGUCGAAAGGUUCUAAUCGUCCGCGAAUCACCACCGACGCCCCACUCACGCAAAUAUCAUCACUUGAACAGCCCGACCACGUCGCAAAACACUUUGUCGCACUCUCCACAAACGCAAAAGCAGUAUCAGCAUUCGGUAUAUCAGUUUCAAACAUGUUUGAAUUCUGGGACUGGGUUGGCGGUCGUUACUCUCUAUGGUCUGCCAUUGGUCUAUCCAUUGCUAUUUACAUUGGAUUUGACAACUUCCAGGAAUUGUUGAAGGGUGGUCAUGCAAUGGAUCAACACUUUGUUGAAACACCAAUGGAAGAAAAUAUUCCAGUAUUGCUUGCUGUAUUAGGAGGUGAUAUGGAAUCAAACGGCAAAUCAACAACCCGCUCAUCCCAAUCAAUCACCACAUACUCAACUGGACCCAUCAUCUGGGGCGAACCAGGCACGAACGGUCAACACGCCUUCUACCAACUAAUCCACCAAGGCACCAAAAGAGUCCCUGCAGAUUUCCUCGCUCCUAUAUUUACCCAAAACCCAAUCUCACAUGGUCUCCAUCAUAAAAUCCUGCUAUCAAACUUUUUUGCACAGACUGAAGCUCUCAUGCGUGGUAAAUCUCGAGACGAAGUAGAGAAGGAAUUGGUGAAAGAGGGUAUGGUUGAUGUUGCAUCAAGAGAGAAACUGGUACCUCAUAAAAUGUUUAGUGGUAAUCGACCUACGAAUUCUAUCUUGUAUCAAAAGUUGACUCCGUUUGCUCUUGGUGCACUGAUUGCCAUGUAUGAGCACAAGAUCUUUGUGCAAGGGGUUAUUUGGAAUAUCAAUUCGUUUGAUCAGUGGGGUGUAGAACUUGGAAAACAACUCGCAAAAGCUAUCUUACCUGAAUUGGAUGGUGACUCUGAUGUCCUAUCUCAUGAUUCAAGUACCAAUGGCCUCAUCAACUGGUAUAAGCGAGCUCGAAAGCUAUAG